AUAAUCUGGGUGGUGUUGGUCUGAAAUUUACCUGGAUAGAAGUAGAGUUAAAAGAAACAUGGCCAACAUUCUAUUACGCCGUGCGCUGAUAGAUGCAAUCCGCGUACCAGCUGGUACCAGGGCUUCUAGCGAGCUUGCUAAGAUUGGCAACCGUGAGUGGGUAGGAUAUGGUUACAACGGUCAGCCCAACUAUGUGGACAGGCCUGAUUUCCCCAUUCCAGCGGUUAGGUUCCGCCCUGACACACCUGAUAUCAAGGUUCUUCGCGAAAAAGAGAAGGGCGAUUGGCGCAAAUUGACUCUGGAAGAGAAGAAAGCACUAUACCGUGCUUCCUUCUGCCAGACGUUCGCCGAAUUCCAAGCGCCCACAGGCGAAUGGAAAGGUGUUUUGGGCUGGGCCCUUACCAUCGCGUCUCUUUCCAUCUGGAUCUACAUGGGCAUGAAACUAUUCGUAUACAGCCCUCUACCCGAGUCAUUUGAUGAAGAUGCUCAGAAGGCGCAACUGAAGAGAAUGUUGGAUCUCAAGGUGAAUCCCGUGGACGGACUCUCCUCCAAGUGGGACUAUGAGAACAAUCGCUGGAAGUAAACUAUGUAUGGUGAUGCUUCUUCACCUUUGGCUGACUCGAGGCGGAGUAGAGUAGACAUGUAUAUAUAAGCGAACUAACUCUGUAAGAUAAAACAAUUAAAUUGUGAUUCCAAUCU